AUGAGCAUACCAAGUAGCGGCUUGCCAGGCCUUCCCGGCAGUGCGCCGGCGAUGCCGCAAGGCAUGGAUCCAAAUGACCCCAAUGCCAAGAUGAUACAAAACAUGCAGAAGCUCAUGGAAUCAUGUUACGCUAAGACUGCGAUGUCGGGAGUCGCCGGAUUCGGUCUAGGAGGUGUCUUCGGAAUGUUCAUGGCUUCGAUGGCCUACGACACCCCCUAUCACACCGCCGGCGCGGGACAGCCCGGCGCAGCCGGCCAGCCGACGCCGCUGUCGUCGCUACCGCUCCGCCAGCAACUGCGCGUGGGCUUCAAGGACAUGGGGGCACGCAGCUGGAGCACGGCCAAGAACUUCGGCAUGGUGGGCGCGCUGUUCUCGGGCAUCGAGUGCGGCAUCGAGGGGUUCCGCGCCAAGAACGACCUCGCCAACGGCGUGGCCGCCGGCUGCAUGACGGGCGCCAUCCUGGCGCGCAACGGCGGCCCGCAGGCGGCGGCGCUGGGGUGCGCGGGCUUCGCGGCGUUCAGUGCGGCGAUUGAUGCGUGGAUGAGGGCGCCAAAGGAUGAGUGA